AUUGAAAAUGUGAUACAAGAGAUUACAUACGAUGGAACAGAAAUUUACCAACCGCCGCUCACAUUGUCGGAGAGUCUUACGCGCAAUGCUUGCCGAAUCGAUUUUAGCAAAGAUUUGGAUGAGACUGAAACAGCAUCGGGCACUUUAGCGAAGACGGCCAUCAAAGAGGAAAAAGAGGAUGAGGAAAUGAAAGAUGUGGAUCGAUUCAGUGCAAAUUUAUGGCCAUGGGAUUCGGUACGAAAUAAAUUACGCGAUGCAAUGACUGAAGUAUGUGUGUUGUCGGAUGUGCUGGCGAUCGCCAAACGAAAGCAAUACAUGGUACUCGAUCCAGUGCCACAGGAUCCACAAACCGUGAAGCCAAUUGUUCAGAUUUUUGCACGCAAAAAAGCAUUGUCGAACGCUGCCAAUAUUCUGCUCACUGGCGCCGAACAAUUGAGAAAUUCCCAGAGUGAAGCGAAGAAUAAUCGAAAUGUGUCUGAUUUUCAUAUCGAAUUGUUGAGACUGCGUCAAAAUUGGCGAUUGAAAAAGGUCGGAAAUACAAUUGUUGGUGAUUUGAGCUAUAAAACAGCCGGUUCGAAAUUCCCGCACAAUGGCAUUUUUGAGGUUACGAAAGCUGAAGAUGAACCAGAAACCGAGAAACAGCCACCAUCGACGCCAACAUCAAUCCCAAAGCCCAAUUCAGCACUUAGAGUCACCGUUCCAUCGGAAUUACAAGGUGUUGCCUACAUCAAAGUCAUCACGCAGAAAGAUCAAGAGGAUUUAUGCACGGCGGUUGUGAAUUUGAUGGGACAUGGGCCGAAUAUCACACAUCAAGCCGGCAUUUGGCAAAAGAGCUUGGAGUAUGCUCAAAAUGUACUGUUUUGCAAAGAGUUAUUCAACCAGUUGGCCCGUGAAGCGGUUCAACUACAAGCACCAAUUCCACAUGUUGUCGUCGGCAAUCAAAUUCGAGCCACUCUCUUGUCCGGCAUUCAAUUGAUCAUCAGUUUGUGUCAUUCGACCACAUUUGAUUCGGCGAGCACGGGACCAAUUACCGAUCAUGAUCACGUUUUGGAGCAUUCGCUGCAUCAAUUGUUGCGUGAGGUGCAUUACAAAAAUACACAUCUUCCACUUCCGCAUCACAUCCACGGCGGACCGAUGGGACCGUCGAAAAAGCGAAUGCUCGCUGGCCCAAUGGCAGCCGAUCGCUAUGAACUACUGGAAAUGACCAAAUCACAAACACUUCUUGAACAAAUUAUCGCUCAAGCUCAGCACAUUUUCAUGCGUAAGAGAACACAAUACGUGCUGGACACAUUGGCCCGUGAUGUCAAAGAUCCGCAAAUCAUUUCACAUUGGAAUUCAAUGAAUAGCCCAACGAUGUCUUGUGUGAAAAUCAACAUUGUUACCUAUGGCUAUGAUACCGUUUGCCGUACAACAUUGUCCAUUCAUGUGAAGGAACGCUCACUGAAGUGCAUCACGCGAGAUGGUCGCGUUAUGCUCAUGUCGUAUGAACCACAAGAAUUGCGAGACUUGAUCCUAUGUCAGAUUAACAAUCAUCAAAUAUCCGGACUGCAAUUGGUGGCAAAGUGUAUGGCCUGGCAAACACUAUCGAAUAGCAAUCAUUUGGGUAUUGGACCGGUUGAACCGCUUGGCAACGCUACUUCAUGUCUUCUGGCUUCACCGAAUGGUGAUCGACUAAUUGCCGUGAAAAUCCACUGCGAUCCACCUCAAAUUGAUAUCAAAGUACAUGUGGCCCAAAUAUCCGACAAAAAUAGUAUCGAAAGUGAAAUGGUGCAGGGCAAGCAUUGGGAUCAAUUGAACAUCAAUUUCAGAGAGAUUCGAUUCGAGCGACUAGAAGGAAAGAAUUUUCUCAAUAAAAUGGAAAAUUUAAUGGCCAGUCUCUCAGCGACACCAGCUCCCAAAACAUAAGAAUUAAGAGAAAACUAUUUUUAAAAUUGUAAUUGUAUCAUUAAAACAAUCAAUAAAUGAUGUUUGCAUAUCAUCGAAUAGAAUAAACUUUUUUAUUUGU